AAAUAUAUUUUUAUCUGACAACACAGUUCUAAGCUGUCAACCAGUGUAGCGGUAUUGGGAGUAUUGCAUAAAAAUCGUCAAAUAUUAAUGAGAUUAUGCAGUUCCCGGCAUAGAAUUUUAACUAUAAAUUAGAGAAAUGUCCACCGAAUACGAUCAGCAUAUAAAAAUCAAGCUCGAGCCUGAGACGGACCAUCAAUUGGACUCUGAAAAUGGAAUCACACAAUCUGCGGACGACAUCGUCAAUCAAAAGCCCGAAUUUGUUAAUAUCAAGAUGGAAAUAGAUAUUGAAAACAAUGUAUCCAAGUUAAUUUGUUGCAGUAUCAAGCAAGAAUUCAAGCAGCCUCCGUGUCCUGACAGUACGAGUGCGCCCAGCUCUCCUGCCCCAGGGACCAUGGUUAAAAUGGAGUAUGAAGACCCAAUAGAUUCUAUGAACAACGAAGUGUAUUAUACCAAUGAGGAGAAUCUUAAUGACCAACACCAGGAGACGUACAAUAGUUCAUAUUUGGUACCAGCUAUGAUGCAGCCCAAUACAUCGCAAUGUUAUUUUGACAAUGAAGCAGCUCUACUAGCCGAAGCCGAAAGGUCUACCACCUGUCCGAUAUGUCAAAAGACUUUCGCGAACCAGGGCAACGUCCGCCGCCACCUCCUACUCCACGCGAGAGUGAAACACAAAUGCGGGCUCUGCGACAAACAGUUCCUCCAAGAAGACCAGCUGCAGCGCCACCUGGCGCGGCACGGGAGAAGCACCGACCGCGAGUGCGGCGAGUGUGGGAAAACGUUCAAAACACCAUCCAAAUUAAAACAACAUUUACGCUCUCACAUAAAAGAGAAAACAUUUUUUUGUACUCAAUGCCAUAGGUAUUUUAGCACCGAGCAAAGUUUGGUGCGGCACCAGGGCAGGAGUAGAUGCAAACGCCCCAUAGACGUGCCACUGUCCUGUAACGUGUGUUUGAAAACUUUUGAAAAAGAGUUUUUAUUGAAAAGUCAUUUGCGAAGGCAUGACAGCGUGCGGCCCUUCGCUUGUGAUAUUUGCGGCAUGAGUUUCAAAUAUAAAAGUACGAUCGUGAGACACAUAAAGUGGCAUAACGGGGACAAGCCAUAUUCGUGUAAAGUGUGCAAAAAGUCGUUCACGCAAGCUGGUCUUUUGAAGCCUCACAUGCGCGUACACACCGGCGAAAGGCCGUACCAAUGUCAUAUUUGUCUUAAAAGUUUUUCGUAUAAACAUAACAUGUUGCGACACGCAGCCAGACACAACAAAGUCAAGCGGCUGGUCUGUGAGAUUUGUCAUAAGAAAUUUCCGAGGGAGAGCCGCUUGAUAUACCACAUGAGGAUACAUUUGGAUGAGAAAAGAUUUUUCUCUUGCUUCGUUUGUCCGAAAAAGUUUUCGCACAGACAAAACGUGCUUCGGCAUUACAUGAGGAAGCACCCCGGGCAUACUUACGACGGCACUGACACUGACGCCAAGGUAGCGUUACGACUCUGGGAUAAAGCGAAGAACACCUUCGUGACGGAACCCGAAGAGAUUUUGAGUUAAGUCGCGAGAUCAUAGAUUUUUAUUGUUCGUGUAUCUUCGAUAUUGAAAUUAAAUUUUCGGAUUCUAUCGCGGUUUUUUGUAAUUUGUUUUUCGAAGACUUUGCAGCCUUCAUGGUCACGGGCGGGACUGAGGUGUUGUUCAUCCGUAAAGUCAAAGUUACAAUAUCUAGAAUAUCCAAUAAUAGAAUCCGAAAAUUAGUUUAAUUUCAAUGUCUAACUUUCGCGUAAACAUAAGAAAUUAUCGUGUAUCUUCUAUGUUAGUGAUAAAUCAUUUACCGUUGGACUUCGCUUAUCCAGUUUACAGUUAGAUACGGAGUAUCACAAAACUGCCAAUAAUAUAGAAAGGAUAAAAUUAUUCCCUAUGUACUUAUCUCUAGUGGCAGCUCACUCGGGCUGUGAACCGUAAGAAACGGGUUCGAUUCUCAAGUUGGGUAACUAAAAAGUAGAGGUGAUUAGAUUUCGUGGUUGAUGAGACUAAUAUAUCAUGGGAUAAAUAUUCGGGCAAACUGCGUGAGUUUAAUAUAUAAAUUUAUGUCUAUACAAGGUACUAAAGUUAAUUUUCAAACUUUGGUUUUUGCCUCUCUAUAACAGUUUCAGUGUUUGAAAAUAGUAUAUUUGUUGAGAUGAUAUUCGAUUUAUAGUAAUGAGAUCUUAUUUUAAAUAGAUUAUUUUUUAAUUUUUUAGUACAUCAAAAUCGGACAUCGUUUGAGUUAGGUGGCAUUAAGAUUUUCUAACUCUCCAGUUUUGAUUAAACUGCAGUAUCUCACUCCGCAAUAGUCUCAUCGCUUGACGCGCCACCGAGGCUGUCAUAGGUUGCUUAUAUAAUGCCGGCGCCACACAUAGCAAAAACAUUUGAACAUUUAUUUGAACACUUGUAUGAAGUCAUGUGUGGCACGGGUAUUUGCGUAUUUGUGCAAAGUUUGUAUAAAUGUUUGCGUAUUUGCCAUUCGGUAUCGGUUUACCGACCAAACAUUAAAGCGUUCAAAGUUAUCGAGUUGCUUGAAGGAGAACCGAUUAUAUGGAAACCUAAAAGUAAAAGCCAUAAAAAUUCAAAUUUGGUCAGUGUAACUGUGUUUAAAUGUGUGGCAAAGUCUUUGUUCAAAUAUUUGUCUGUGUCGCGCCGGCAUAAAGUAGGUAGCUAUGUAUACCGGUUUGUACCUUUAGAUCUCGUAAAAAAAAUUAUCGAUAUGUAAAAUUAACGGUAAAUUGCAAUACUAUAUAUAGGAUAUAUGAUGAUAAAAAUGUAAAUUCGUGUUAUUAGUCAAAAUUUUAAAAUAAUACUCCAUAAUAAUCCUAAUUAUGAAAAUCACACCUACAAGGUUGCAAAGCAUCGCGCAAUUGGAACAUUCCUGUUGCACCGUUGUAUUCCCAUUUGGGAGGGCGUCAUAGUGAAAAUUCUCGUUCACGACUGGGCACAAUUACUACUUGUUGAAUGCUGGAGUGGGGGUGGGGGGUUCAAUUCUUGUGCCUUCGGUCUUCACCCCGAAUGCUAGCCUACAUACGUGGAGACAUUUGUCGCGGCCCUAGUCACACAGUUAAGUGUGUACCUUGUGAUUGGAAAUUCACAUUGAGGCCUAUAAUGGCCUCCGCCCGUACAUAAGAAAAAAAUAUAUUUAAAAUUAAUAUGCAGUGCAAUAGGGACUUUGUAACUGAAGGUUCUGAAUUAGAGUUUUGAGUUAUAUUUAAAUUCAAGAUCAAUAUCGACAAGGAACUUGCUUUUACAGAGUACAUUCAAUUAUCUUAAAAAAAUGCGGUUUCUAGUCUAUAAAAAAAUAUCCGUCAAUACUUCUAGUCAUGGCAGGGCUUAGAAAGAGACUUUCCCGCCCUCACACCCACCACUACAACUCCUGUAAGCCAGGAUCAGCAGUGGCACGCAUUUUAUGACACCGAGCAGUGAAGCUCGGCGAGUCUCAGGGAAAACUAAUAUGUCAUUAUCCCGCAACGAAAUUAAUCAAAUAGAAAGAUAGGGAGGAGUUGGAAAUAUUAAUUGUCCACUUCCCUCCAGGGCUUAGAAAGUGGAGCAUUUUGAGAGAAACAAUAGUUAAUUCUUAUAUAAUCGUUAUCGUUUACCCUUUAUCUGAUAAUAAAUACUUCCCUUCCACCAAAAUUAAGAAUACUUUGCUAAAGACAGCAAAAGUUUACAAGCUGCAGCAGCAGAAAAUAAGACAGCAUUGCUUUUUUUUUUUCAACUUGUAUUAAGAAAAUUGUACGUUGCCACUCGGGGUUGAUAAUAUUAAUAUGCAACUGCCGUUGCCUGUGGGAAUCGGGACCAUUACGUAUACAGCUGAUCUGGUAUCAGUAGACACGUGUUUUUAAUAUACUGGUUUCAGAUUAUGUAAACGGAUCGAUUAAAAAAUGUUUGGUAACUUUGUACCAAAGUUACAACUUACAGGUUGAACUAAUGCCAGAUUGACUGUGUAGAUCAGACACUUAAAAAAUUCCUUCGUCUAAAAUAAAAGUGCUAAAGAGGCAAGUCAAGUGACGUAAAGCCGACAGUACACGUUGGACGUUGCCAAGUGAAAGCCAAUACCAACGUAGACUAUGGCAUAAUAUUGGCUUAGCCUUGCCAUCGCUAGACAUGGAUUGCGUAGUUGGAAAAGUAAAAGCAAGCGCUAAGGAGUUAUGGCACACAACUCGCAGUUGCUAGCGAUCACUUUUCUUACUUUGGAGCCGUGUUGGUUUUUUUGCACAAUUCAAAAGCCUGCGCAGUCAUUCGUGUUUUAAUUUAUUCAUAUUAUGAACACUCAUUAAAUUUGUUUCUAUACACAUUCAAAACUGUAAACGCUCAACGUGUGGACAACUACACAAAAGCCUAUAUUAAUUGCUUGCAUUGGUUUUCUUCAAACUUGAACGUCUAUAGGUGCGGUUCAUACAUGGUCUUAGCUAGUUUACGCCUCGCUCGCGUUGGCCUAAUCUCGACCAACAUGUAUUACUGACUUUAGAUGAAGACCGUUUUUUAAUUUUUACUUUUCUGUUACUAAUAUUAUAAACCCAAGUUUGUGAAAAUGUUUUUAUGUUUGUUAAAAAGAAACACAGAAAAAAGAACGGAUUUGCUUAAUAUGGCGCUGGCGUCGUAUUGUUUUAGGAAUUAUUGAAGCUGGGAAUGCUUUGAAAUAAAACUCUUUUACGGAUUUUAUCGCGGUAAAAUAGUUGUUAUUUCAAUAUUUGCGUAAACAUAAGAAAUCAUCAGGAAAUGCCUUCAAUGCGGAGAAAUUCGCGAACAAUAACUAGGACUACAUAAUUUUGACUGUCAAAGUUACUUUACUGCAAGGUUAAGAUGAAAGAUCCCACAAUAUUCCUAUUCACAAAAAAUUUCAAUUUUACAUGUAUGCGAUUAAAAAAAAUUACCUAUUGACUAUAACAUCCAAUAUCCAGCCUAUAAUAAAAACUUGAUAAGAUCGUUUCUGGACUCGCGGUUUCUAAAUAACGUUUAUAAAGCACACUAGAUGUAAAGUAUCUUAUUAUAACGCAAUGUUAUUACCUAUAAUAUUAAAUGAAAUAUUGGAAGAUGUGUAAAAUAUUACUUACCAUUUAUCUUCCAGGCUGUCUCGAAGAAUAAUCUCGGAAUAAAUAUACCUUCAUAUUUAUUUAAAUUAUGAUUAGAAAUUAGGCUAUAUGGCACUGACCAUUGCCAUUUCGUAAUGAAAAAAAAACGACAGAAAUUAGCAUUCAAUAAAAUAUCUAUAGACGACUUCUGUUGAUUUUUAAUUUCCAAAUAAAUCCCAAUAAUUAUCUUGGAACGAAUAAUUUGUUUAUCAAUCACUAUUGGCGGGAAUUUAACAGUACAUGUAGCUGUAUACUUCAGUAGGUACUUACUACUUAGUUCAUAUAAAUGUUUUGUGAAAAUAAUUAUUAUUGUUAUGGGUUGUGCAAUUCUCUUCAAAAUUAUAAAUAGCCUUUUGGAAAAAUAUUAAAAUAAUGAAUAUAACGUGGCUGUAUACCUAUGUUUCUUUUGCCAAAUCGAAAUAUUGUAAUUUUAAAAUAUAAAGCUUUGAUCAACAAUAAAAUCGAAGGUUUGCGAGUUUAUGCUUUCCCUGCUAGCUCCUCUAGGGACAUGGCAUGUUACGUUUUUGUUAUUGUAGUUAUAUUUAUUGUUUAUGUAAUAUAAGAUAUGGAUUUCUAAAUCUCUAUUAAAUUAUUAAGCGAUU